UACACCAGUAGAGAGCCUGUGAUAUCAUCCAGCCUUGCUGACACUCCCUGUGCUACCCUCGGCGUUCAGGGCCUCUUGGAUCAACUCAACACCACCCUCGGAACAUCACACAGCCUGGACACACCAUCCCUCUCCUCCCUUCUUGAAGAGUGCAUCGCAAGCGACUACGACUUUGGCAUGGCAUAUGGCCGCCUCCGCCGGAUAUGGGACUCCGACAACUGGAGCACUACUAUACGAGACACAUUUCGCAGCUGGGAGGUGCGAGAUCGGGAGGUGCGAGAAAAAGCACUUGAUGGUAACCGGAUCGUCAAUCCAAAGUGGCCACCUCGACGUCCCAUAUCCCAUGCAUGGGUGGAUGAGAAGGAUCGGUUCGAUGCGCAGACACCUAUCAACGGAUACGAAUGGCCUGUCCCCAUCCCGAAAGACGCCAACCUCAAUCUUAUCCGCAUCGAGAUGCUCAAUAUCGGUUUUCGACGGGGGUAUACAUGGUUGGAUGUUCUCUGUUUAAGACAGGAGGGUGGACCGAGGGAGAACAUGUGCACAGAAGAGUGGAAACUGGACGUGCCCACAAUUGGAGCAAUGUAUUAUGACAGUUGGGUAGUGUGUUACUUGAGUGGGCUGGGUCGGCCUUUGAGUUUGAAGGACGGCGACUUGGAGAGUAAUCGGUGCUGGUUUAGACGUGCUUGGACACUACAAGAAGUUGGUCGGGAAAGGAUGAUUGCUGGGGACACGCCGGAUGGACCACUGCAUGCCAAACAUAAGGACGGGAAGUAUGAGACUGAGUUACUGAUCAAAUUUCACAAGCUGUGGCAGUCUAUGGAGAACAUUUCAUGGGGUGUGUUUGAGGCACUGGAGAGCAUGCAGAAUCGGGUGUCGGCCAAACCAGUGGACAAAGUCGCUGGGCUGGCAUUUCUUAUGCGAUCUAGGACGAUACCGGCAUACUAUAUGAGCCAGUCUCCUGAGGAGGCAUGGUCAUCACUUGUGAAUUCGAUGGAUAUGGGGCCUUGGGGGCUGUUGUUCUUCUGGUAUCCUGAACCCGGAAAUGCAGGCACAAAAUGGAGGCCAUCGUGGGACCAGCUUAUG